AUUCCUAAGGCCUUGCAGGUGUUAAGGGGGUCGAGAAUUGGCUGCAGGUUCCUCGGAAGUCUGCACCGAUUCGGAGGGCCACCUGGCCACCUCUGACUUUCUGAUCUGGGGUGCAUCCCCCAGUCCCUGUCCCGGUCGACAAAGGUGGGGAGUCAGGUUCCAGGCCGGCUGGGGGUGGGGGUGCGCACAGGGGAGGGGCAGGGGGACUGGGACCCCCUCUUCGGGGUGCUUCGGGCCGUUUCUCCAGAGGCUGGUGGUGUCCCCGACCCAAGCAGCUCAACCCCGUUCGCGAGGUCCGAAGUGGCGGGAAAGGGUCCUCCGCGGCGGUCCCAAGGCGAGGGAGGCUGUAAAACCUGGCAGAGAAUCCGGCGCGCCGGGUCGGGAUGUCUCGGGUGUCGGGGGCAUGGGCCGCGGGCUCCCAGGUAGAAGCUCCCCACGCGAGCGGGGGCCUCGGCCGCGGAAGGGGCGCCCCCGGGGCCGCCGGCAGCGGCGGGCGGGCGGGAGCUUUCCGGGCUCCUCCCGCGCCUCGGGCUGGCAGGGCGAUGGCGACGACGGUUUCCCGGCUCCCCCGCCCCGGACGCCGAUGGCGGUGCGUUCCGGCCCUCCCCCAACAGCUUCUCCCCCGCGGUCGCCGGAGCCGGUUUGUCUGCAAUGAGAUUUCAUUCUCUACAUUUAAAGGACAUCCUUUCUGAGCUGCUGUGAAUAAAUUUGGAAUGGUACUGUAUAUUUUCAUCUAAUGGAGAACUAGCUGUACUUUGAAUAAGGAUUGCUGCACUGGACGACUUUAGAACAUCCCUCACAAUGUCGUCAACCCGGAGCCAGAACCCCCACGGCCUGAAGCAGAUUGGCCUGGACCAGAUCUGGGACGACCUCAGAGCCGGCAUCCAGCAGGUGUACACGCGGCAGAGCAUGGCCAAGUCCAGAUAUAUGGAGCUCUACACUCAUGUUUAUAACUACUGUACUAGUGUUCACCAGUCAAACCAAGCACGAGGAGCUGGAGUUCCUCCUUCUAAGUCGAAAAAGGGGCAGACACCUGGAGGAGCUCAGUUUGUUGGCCUGGAAUUAUAUAAACGACUUAAGGAAUUUUUGAAGAAUUACUUGACAAAUCUUCUUAAGGAUGGAGAAGAUUUGAUGGAUGAGAGUGUACUGAAAUUCUACACUCAACAAUGGGAAGAUUAUCGAUUUUCAAGCAAAGUGCUGAAUGGAAUUUGUGCCUACCUCAAUAGACAUUGGGUUCGCCGUGAAUGUGAUGAAGGACGAAAAGGAAUAUAUGAAAUCUAUUCACUUGCAUUGGUGACUUGGAGAGACUGUCUGUUCAGGCCACUGAAUAAACAGGUAACAAAUGCUGUUUUAAAGCUGAUUGAAAAGGAAAGGAAUGGUGAAACCAUCAAUACAAGAUUGAUUAGUGGAGUUGUACAGUCUUACGUGGAAUUGGGGCUGAAUGAAGAUGAUGCAUUUGCAAAGGGCCCUACGUUAACAGUGUAUAAAGAAUCCUUUGAAUCUCAAUUUUUGGCUGACACAGAGAGAUUUUAUACCAGAGAGAGUACUGAAUUCUUGCAGCAGAACCCAGUUACUGAAUAUAUGAAAAAGGCAGAGGCUCGUCUGCUUGAGGAACAACGAAGAGUUCAGGUUUACCUUCAUGAAAGCACACAAGAUGAAUUAGCAAGGAAGUGUGAACAAGUCCUCAUUGAAAAACACUUGGAAAUUUUCCACACAGAAUUUCAGAAUUUACUGGAUGCUGACAAAAAUGAAGAUUUGGGACGCAUGUAUAAUCUUGUAUCUAGAAUCCAGGAUGGCCUAGGAGAAUUGAAAAAACUGUUGGAGACACACAUUCAUAAUCAGGGUCUUGCAGCCAUUGAAAAGUGUGGAGAAGCUGCUUUAAAUGACCCCAAAAUGUAUGUACAGACAGUGCUUGAUGUUCAUAAAAAAUACAAUGCCCUGGUGAUGUCUGCAUUCAACAAUGACGCUGGCUUUGUGGCUGCUCUUGAUAAGGCUUGUGGUCGCUUCAUAAACAACAACGCGGUUACCAAGAUGGCCCAGUCAUCCAGUAAAUCCCCUGAGUUGCUGGCUCGAUACUGUGACUCCUUGUUGAAGAAAAGUUCCAAGAACCCAGAGGAGGCAGAACUAGAAGACACACUCAAUCAAGUGAUGGUUGUCUUCAAGUACAUAGAAGACAAAGACGUAUUUCAGAAGUUCUAUGCGAAGAUGCUCGCCAAGAGGCUCGUGCACCAGAACAGUGCAAGUGACGAUGCCGAAGCCAGCAUGAUCUCCAAGUUAAAGCAAGCUUGCGGGUUCGAGUACACCUCUAAACUUCAGCGCAUGUUUCAAGACAUUGGCGUGAGCAAAGAUCUGAACGAGCAAUUCAAAAAGCACUUGACCAAUUCAGAACCCCUAGACUUGGAUUUCAGCAUUCAAGUGCUGAGCUCCGGGUCCUGGCCCUUCCAGCAGUCUUGUACGUUUGCCUUGCCGUCAGAGUUGGAACGUAGUUAUCAGCGAUUCACAGCUUUCUACGCCAGCCGCCACAGUGGCCGAAAAUUGACGUGGUUAUAUCAGUUGUCUAAAGGAGAAUUGGUAACUAACUGCUUCAAAAACAGAUAUACUUUGCAGGCAUCGACAUUCCAGAUGGCUAUCCUGCUUCAGUACAACACGGAAGAUGCCUACACCGUGCAGCAGCUGACCGACAGCACUCAGAUUAAAAUGGACAUUUUGGCGCAAGUCUUGCAGAUUUUAUUAAAGUCGAAGCUAUUGGUCUUGGAAGAUGAAAAUGCAAAUGUUGAUGAGGUGGAAUUGAAGCCAGAUACCUUAAUAAAAUUAUAUCUUGGUUAUAAAAAUAAGAAAUUAAGGGUUAACAUCAAUGUGCCAAUGAAAACCGAACAGAAGCAGGAACAAGAAACCACACACAAAAAUAUCGAGGAAGACCGCAAACUACUGAUUCAGGCGGCCAUCGUGAGAAUUAUGAAGAUGAGGAAGGUUCUGAAACACCAGCAGUUACUUGGCGAGGUCCUCACUCAGCUGUCCUCCAGGUUCAAACCUCGGGUCCCUGUGAUCAAGAAAUGCAUUGACAUUCUAAUUGAGAAAGAAUAUUUGGAGCGAGUGGAUGGUGAAAAGGACACCUACAGUUACUUGGCUUAACCCUUCUGGAAGGGUCUGACUGUGUGACCCGCAACAAAUAGUUCAUGUUGGAAAGAAUGAAAACAACUCAAGUUCAUAGCAGCCAGCCUGCCGCCAUUGGACCUCCCUUUUUAAAACUGAGACCAAGACUCCCAUCAGCUGGUCUCGGAUUUACAUCGGAACUGCUCAGGAUUGAUACAUUUCAAGUCUGUAAAUACGGACACCAACGCCAUUUACCCUAAUUUAAGAACAGCGGGGACUGACCCUCCAUGCCGAGGGCUGCAUGCUACCGCAUCUAAGUCAAUACACGGGCUCCCCGAUUCGCAGCUGUCAUCUUGGCAGCACUUGUCACGUUGGCAGCACUUUGAGAGCAAGUCUGAAUGGACCCACAUGUAACCUGCUAUGAAAACCAUUUGUAUAGUGUGUUUCAUUUUUUAAUGUGUGAAAAUAAAGAAAAUUAAAGGAUUUCUGUACAAGUCGCAUUUGGUUUUGUUUUAAGUUUUACUAAUUUCUAUAUGUAAAUAAAAGAUAUAAUGAUUGUGCAAA